CAAAAACCAAAAAUAUUAAAAUUACAAGAAAAAAUGAAAAAUAAUGUGAUGAAUGGAAGCCCGGCAGAUGAGGAUAAGACCUUCGGCUUUCCUUAUCUGAGUUCUUUAUCCUUUCAUUAACUCUCUCAUCGAUGAUGAUUUUACUGUUUUCGUUCAUUAAUUGUUUCCAAAUCCAUAAUUUUCUAUAUUUAAAUUGUUGCCUGAUCUUCUUUAGACAAUCUCUCCAUUGAAUCUCUGAUUUGCACUCCCAUGGCGGUCUUCUUCUUCUUCUUCUUCUUCUUCUUCUUCUUCUUCCAUUGAUUACAUUAUCAUAUCCUUCAACUUAGUAUUUUCCGUGAAUAUAUAUAUAUAUGUAAAAUUAUAUGCACAAUCUCUUCAGUUAAAAACCGUGAUCAUUUUGGUUUAUCUUGUUCGUCCCUUUGGAUUUGAAUCACAAUCAUGUCAAUUGCUUUGGAAAGCAAUAGCAGGAUUCCGCCGUCCGUUUUCUCGCAAAGUGGCUUGCCGUCGUACUGCUCCGUCUUGAAUACGACGGGAAGGAUUCCGGUAGUUCGACAAGAGGCAGCCGCUGUUGGUGAUGCGGUGGCGGCAGAGGUGGAUGGAUGUAGUUCGUCUUCAUCGUCGUCGAUCGGAGAAAACAGCGGUUUCUCUGUACGAUCGUCGGAUAAUGACAAUGGAGAGGAUAAUGAGGCUGAAAGUUCGUAUAAAGGACCUCUAGGAAUGGAAUCGCUGGAAGAAGUUUUGCCUAUCAGGAGAGGAAUUUCAAAUUUUUACAACGGAAAAUCGAAAUCCUUCACAAGCUUGGCAGACGCUUCCUCUUCUUCCUCCAUUAAAGACAUAGCAAAGCCUGAAAACGCUUUUUCUCGGAAACGAAGAAAUCUUCUUGCAUCUAAUCUCAUCGCUGGCGGCAUAUCAAAGCGACCGAUUAUUAAUUCAAGUCGAAGCUCGUUAGCGUUGGCCGUCGUCCUGAGCAGUUCUGAAAGCCACAACAGUAACGAUCUGAACUCAAGAUUGUCCCCGCCGAUUCGUCCUCCAUUGCACCCCAACGGACGAGCAUCUCGUAGCAAUUCAGGUUCUCCAGUUCCUCUUCUCUGUAAAUUCCCCUCUUGGCGAUCAUACUCCUUAGCCAAUAUACAGUAACGUAGGGUAAGGGUUUUUCCGUGGCCGCCUCCAUGGAAGCUAAUCACCAUCAAAGACUAACUUGACCUUGCGAAACCGAUUUUCUUCAAAUUGGUUUCUCACGAAUAACUCAUUUUCUUUCAAAUUGUCCACGAUCUUACUUCCUUUUGCAGCGAUUCUGUUUUUUUUUUUUCCCUUUUUGUAUGUAUGUAAAUUGAAAAGAGAAAAAGAAUAGCAGUUCAUCCAUCGAAUCGAAUAAAUCGAUAUCUGUUUGUUUAUAGAA